CUGUUUAUCUGUAAUUCCAUAACAACCAGACUAUAGCGACCGAACAUAACCAGAACAUAACGUGUUGGCUCACCGGCGUGGUUUGGUCGACGUCUUAAAAGUUCAAAAUGCCUAAGACAAUUUGUUUCAAAGAGGGUUUUAAACUUUCGGACGUAAUGUCAAACGAUGGAUUCUUCUUUGAUAUAAAUGAAGAUCUUGAAAGUAAUGACGAACCUGAAUUUUCGAACAAAAUUUUCAUGUCACAUGAUGAUUUACUAAAAUUUCUGUACACGGAUGACAUGAAUAAUGGCGAAACGAAUGAAAAUGAUGUUGUCACGCCAUUAGGUGUAGACUUUAAUAAAUUAAGAGGACAUAUGACCGAUCUUCUUGGAAAUGGAAUGGUAAUGAAAUUUACACGACAAGAAGGAGUGGGAGAGAAAAUUGAUGAGAACGCACAAGUAACGGCAAAAUAUAUUGGAUAUUUUGAACAUCAAGAUGAACCUUUCGAUGCAUCAUACAGUCAUGAUGUUCAAAAUAAUUUACAAUUAGGAAAUCAAGAUCUAAUACCAGGAUUUGAAAUUGCUAUAAAGUCAAUGAAGAAACAUGAAGUUUCAAUUUUUAUCAUUAAACCCGAAUAUGCGUUUGGUGAAAUGGGUUGUCCUCCUCGCAUUCCACCAAAUCAAGAAGUUUUAUUCUUAAUUCAUGUUGUUGACUUUAAAUCCGAUGAAUUUACCACUUCAUUUAAUAAAUUAUCAAUUCAAGAAAGAAAAUUAUUCACUAUUGCCGAGAAACGAGCGACAGAUUUAAUAGCAACAGCUUCUGAAUCUUUUACUAAACAUAAAUUUAAUCUAGCAAUAAAGCAUUACUAUAGCGCUGCAAAAAUUCUUGAAUAUUCACAAUUAAGAAAUGAUGAGGAGGAAGGGAGACAAAGAGCAUUAUUAACGAGGGUUUAUGGAAAUUUAGCCGUUUGUUACAAUAAAGAAAAUAAACCCCGCUGUGCAUGCUCGGCAAUUAAUCAAAUUCCGAUACCAAACGCCAAAUCGCAUUUCAAUCAUGGCCGAGCUCUUAUUCGUUUGGGAGAAUUUAAGAGAGCGGUACAAGAAUUAAAGCGCUCCAAAAAACUUGAACCCCAAAACAAAAUGGUUGCUGAGGAAAUCAAAUUAGCAAAUAAUUUAGAGUCAGAGUACAAUUCCUUAAUGAAGUGUUUGAACGAUAAUAGUUAUUCACUUACUGGUGAAGGAGAAGUAAGGGCGGAAUUUAUAAGCGCCGCUAAGAAUCUCUGCAAAACGUUAAAAAAUGAUGACAAUGUGAUGAGAACAGUUUUACCGUUUAAUUUAACUCCAGAGGAGAAAUCGUUUCUUGCCGAUUUGACAGCAAACUACGGAUUAAUAUUGGUUCAUCAUGAAAGAUACAAUAAUGAAGUGGUUUUUAUUGCCAAAUCUAAUUAUUGAUGUCAACAAAUUUUUGCUGUCAUCAGAGGAAGAAGAAGUAAAAAAAUGCAAAAAAGGAUAUAAUUACAAAGUAGGUUGAACAAGUUUUCUUGAUCGCCUGAUUUGUGAGUCGGUUGUUAAAAAAUUGAAAGUUUACAGUAACUUGUAACUUUCUGGCUGAGUAAGUUCUCUUCAUAGCCUGAUUUGUGAGUCAGGUCUUAAAAAAAUGAAAGUUUAUUGUAA